UCAGUCAUCUCUUUCAACACCCUGACAUGACAUAAAGCUGAGGGCUGAACCACACGUUCACCACACAGACACACACUUGCCUUGAGCUUUUGCUAGGUGAGGCGCUCUGGGGCGGACUGACCAGAUCCACUCAUGAUCAAACAGAACCAUUUUCUGGUGAUAAAUGGCAAGAACUGCUGUGUGUUCCGAGAUGAAAACAUUGCCAAAGUCUUGCCGCCGGUGUUGGGAUUGGAGUUUGUGUUUGGGCUCCUGGGCAAUGGCCUUGCCCUGUGGAUUUUCUGUUUCCAUCUGAAGUCCUGGAAAUCCAGCCGGAUUUUCCUGUUCAACUUGGCCGUAGCUGACUUUCUCCUGAUCAUCUGCUUGCCCUUCCUGAUGGACAACUAUGUCAAAAAGUGGGACUGGAGGUUUGGAGACAUCCCCUGCCGUCUGAUGCUCUUCAUGUUGGCCAUGAACCGACAAGGCAGCAUCAUCUUCCUCACUGUGGUGGCUGUGGACCGGUACUUCAGGGUGGUCCAUCCACACCAUUCCCUGAACAAGAUCUCCAACCGGACGGCAGCCAUCAUCUCUUGUUUCUUGUGGGGUAUCACCAUCGGCCUGACAGUCCAUCUCCUCUAUACGAACAUGAUGACCCCCAACGGCAAUGCAAAUCUGUGCAGUAGCUUUAGCAUCUGUUAUACCUUCAGGUGGCAUGAUGCAAUGUUCCUCCUGGAAUUCGUCUUGCCGCUGGGCAUCAUCCUGUUCUGCUCAGCCAGGAUCAUCUGGAGCCUACGGCAGAGACAAAUGGACAGACAUGCCAAGAUCAAGAGGGCUAUCAACUUCAUCUUGGUGGUGACUAUUGUCUUCAUCAUCUGCUUCCUGCCCAGUGUGGCUGUGCGGAUCCGAAUCUUCUGGCUCCUCUACAAAAAUAAUGUGCAUAACUGUGAGAUCUACUCCUCGGCGGACCUGGCCUUCUUCACUACUCUCAGCUUUACCUAUAUGAACAGCAUGCUGGACCCACUGGUCUACUAUUUUUCCAGCCCAUCUUUCCCCAACUUCUUCUCUACAUGUAUCAACCGCUGCCUUCGCAAGAAAACACUGGGUGAAACAGACAACCGGAGCACAAGCGUGGAGCUCACAGGGGACCCCAGCACAGUCAGAAGUGUUCCAGAAGCAUUAAUGGAUGACCCCAGCGAGCCACGCAGCCCCCCUUAUCUGGCCACAACAUCUCGUGGCCACUAUGCCAAGAAAGGAGGUUGCCCCUCAGGCCUGCGCUCUCUGGAGAGACAAUUUGGCUGUUGCACAGAGUAACAUCUUGAGACUUGGCUCGCACUUUCUCGGAACUUCCAGGUUCAGAGAAUCUGAUUCAGAGAAACGCCGAGGUGGAGUCAGCGACUCGGGUGUAAAGGUGCUGCCACAGGAAUCUCAGAGGAGCAGAAAGUAAAGUUCCCAGGUGGUAGAAACUUCUUAGUCUCCCAAGCAUGCGGGGCUGAAGAGGACAGACACACCCAUCCCUACCGAUGGCAUCUUGGCUUCCUUCCUCAGUCUGCUCAAAGCCUCGGGUGGUCCUUCAGCCCCCAGGGUCCUGCCUAACCUGUCUGUGGGCCCCAGUAGGGACAAGGAGAGCCAAGGAUCUGGAGAGGAUCUCUACCCAGGUGUCACUGAACAAGCCAGUAGGUCACUUGGGUUCUGUGGAACCAAUUCACCUUUCCACCAGACUAGCAGAAAUGGAGUGGGGGGGGGGGAUUCAA